AAUGCCCCGGGGCGACGAGCAGCGGACCUAAAGUCAGGGCUAGCGGAGGGUUGUUUAGUGUAUGGAAGGGAGAAGCAGAAGCGGCAGAAAGCUCCGGGAAGAAUAAAACAAAUGUGUAUAGAAGAGAGAGAGAGAGAGAGAGGAGGAGGGGGUAGAAAUAUGUCUGCUGUUAGGGGGCAGAGGAGGAUUGUGGCGAAGCAAAGGGCGAGAAACGAGGCCCGACAGUUAGUAACGUUAGCGCGGCGGAGGAGAAGGCGGAGAGGAGCGACAGGGCAGCUGUCCUCGCUGAUUGAUUGACUGAUGGGGGGUGGGAAGGAUUUCAGCCGGGCUAGUAGCCCGGUCUGCAGCCUUCUUUAAUAUCAGUCCAAUAUUACUGUACAUAGCUGACGAGAAAUGCAUAUUCAUUUAACAUGUUAAUUCAGAAAUGCUUGUUAUAGAGGAGGCGACUCGGCUCCGGUAUCAAUCCGCCAGCAGCGGGGUCUUUUUUUUAGUACCUGGCUAACUUAAGCUAGGUUAGCUUGUUUUUUUUGGCUGUGGUGUGAUUUCCCCCCCCGUGCUAAAUAUGGCGCGGCACAUUUGGCCUCACCGUGAAACACUUUAAAGUGAACACAGUGAGCUAACACGUUAAGGCUACCGGACUAGCUGUGGCUCGGCUGGGUUAACGUUAGACCGGAGCUAACCGCUAACGGCUAACUAUACUGGUGAACAACAACCAGGCUUCCUCCCGCCGAGCUCUGCUUUGUCUGCUAACAACAACACUGUUACUGUAGUUAGAGACUAUAGUCUGCUCAUGUUGGCUUUAUUACACUUUUAUAUAUCCCCUUUUACCGCCACAAACGUGAGCAGCUAGCAGGCUAGCAGCUAGGCUCAUCGUGGUGGGGGUGUGUUAAUAUAACAGUAGCUGGGUCACAUUAUCAUAACACCUCAGGGUUGGCCACCUGUCCCUGCUCUCUAUAAUGCCCCAGUGUUUGCAGCAUCUGCAGUGAACGUGAUGGCAGCCCAGUCGGUUUCCAUAGACAAGUACCCAAAGGGAGAGCAGCAGAUGCAAGGUGUGGCAAAGGUAGACAGCGAUACCGAGCAGAAGUAUAUUGAGGGGACGUUGGCAGAGGCGCCCAGCCCGGCACCCACAGAGCCACAGACACCCAUGGACGCGGACAAAGCAUCCAUAUAUCGGCAUCCCCUGUUCCCUCUCUUGGCCCUGCUGUUCGAGAAGUGUGAACAGUCGACGCUGAGCUCCGAUUGCAUCACUUCGGCGAGCUUUGACGUGGACAUUGAGAACUUUGUCCGCUGUCAGGAGAAAGAGGGCAAACCAUUCUUCAGCGAGGACCCUGAACUCGACAGCUUGAUGGUGAAAGCCAUCCAGGUGCUGCGGAUCCACCUGCUGGAGCUGGAGAAGGUGAGUGACCUGUGUAAGGACUUCUGCAGCCGCUACAUCGCCUGCCUCAAGACUAAGAUGAACAGUGAGACGCUGCUGAGCGGAGAUCCGGGGAGCCCGUACUCCCCCGUACAGGCCCAGAUCCAGGGCUUUUCACCUACCAAGACUCCAGUAUGGACUACCCCCAACUCUAUCUCGGGGACCAUCAGUCCCCAAGGUCAGAUUGUGGUGCCGGCGUCAGCCCUGCAGCAAGGGAACGUUACCGUGACGGCCGUCAACCCCACCCAGGUGGUUGCAGGUAUGUCACCAUGGCAUACAACCGCUCCCUCAGGUGGCACGGUGUACCAGCCUGUUACAGUAGUCACUCCUCAGGGCCAGGUGGUAACACAGGCUCUUUCUCCCGGGACAAUACGCGUCCAAAACAAUCAGCUCCAGCUGCAGUUUCACCAGGACUUGAACCUCUUUAAUCACGACGACAACUCAACCAAGAACAAACGCGGCGUUCUACCCAAACAUGCCACCAAUGUCAUGCGCUCGUGGCUCUUCCAGCACAUCGGGCACCCAUAUCCAACAGAGGAUGAGAAGAAACAGAUUGCCACUCAGACGAACCUGACACUUCUGCAGGUCAACAACUGGUUUAUAAAUGCACGGAGGCGGAUCCUGCAGCCCAUGUUGGACGCCAGCUCCUCUGAGACACCAAAAACCAAGAAGAAGACGCCUCAAAACCGGCCGCUGCAGCGCUUCUGGCCUGACUCCAUCGCCACAGGGGGAGGCAGCCAGCAGCAAGUUACCAUGCCAGACGGCACACUGGUGACGAUGAACAUGGAGGGUCUGCAGAGCCUGACGUCAGACGGCGCCACACUGGCGGUACAGCAGGUGAUGAUGGGAGGCCACAGUGAAGACGAGUCGGGGGACAGCGUAGACGAGGACGAUGACGCCGACAUGGCCGGGCUGGGCCUGGACAACAGCGACUCAUUGCAGUAGAGAGGACACACUCCCUCACACUCUGAUCUACACACAAGACAUGCGUAAAUAGGUGUCCAGAUUAAAUGUGUGUUCAGACACACAGUGAGUCAUAGCGCACACACCAACACACACACACACACACACACACACACACACACACACACUCUAGGUUUACAUAGAGCACAAAACUACAGGACACCACGGUCCUGCACUCUUCCAACCCUCCACCCUGCUGAACGGCCGUUUAUGCUGCGUGUGUGUACAUCAGGAGUUUCAUUUCAGAAACCGUUUUUUAAUUAUUUAGUUGAUGUAUGCGAGUGCACUUUUUUGUAUAUUUAAGCUCAAAAAGAUUAAAUCAAAACAAACAGAAGAAAAAAAAGAAGUGUUAAAAACACUCGAAGCAAGUUUGUAUGCUCCGUUAAUAAAUGUUGACUGAUUUCUGAUUGAUUUUCUUGGCCCCUGUACCCCCGUCCCCAGUUGAAUUCUCAUUUUGGAUGCCAACAAUUUCAAGUUGUAUCUGUAGGGGUUUGUCUUCACUUUUUUGCAUGCUUGUGUUUCCAGUAGUUGUGGCACUCUUGGACUGACUCCGUUGGCUCUCACACUGCAGAGCCCAGAACGGAGAGAGUGAGGAAGAAAAAAAAAGGAGAGAUGCUUAUUUUUAUAUACAAACGUAUGAAAUUAGUGUUUUCUGUUUCAUUUUUGUGUUUUCCUGUUUUGUAAGGAAUAUUUAUGUACAGAUUCAUAAUUAAAGCUAGCGACCCUGUUUUCCAGGGUUCUUUGAAGUUUUCUAAAAAACAGAAAAAUGAAUUGAAUGCUGAUGAAAAUUGCUAUUUAAAUUGGUUUUAAACUUACAAUACUAACAAGGCCUUACCUGUGUUCUUUUCUAAAGAAUUCUUGCCAAGAAAGCACAAAAAGAAAGUCUGACCCUAAAGGACACUAAACUGCAGAAACACUUUGUGUGGUUCUGUAAAGCAUCGUUGCUAAUUUUACUUUGUGUGCUGCGACAUUGGCAGUUCUCUUCACGGUAAACUACUACAGUGCUCCCGUUUCUUUAAAAUACAGCUCAUUGUGUAUAGCAUACAUCACGUCUUUUAAUCAUUUUACAGUAGCAGCGUACUUUCUCAAAUGCACAAUCCAGAACACUAUGCUAAUCACACAAUCACAAGGGUCUGAGUAACCGCAAUGAGACAUCAUGAACGCCAUCGUCGACAAGAAGCAGUGGACUCUUUGCACGCGUCAAACUUUUAUUUAUGUACACGUACACGCUACUGCAUUAAACAAAGAGCAGCCUGAAGGACUGGGACUGCAGCCUCUGCUGGUCCCCCUGCCACUACAUGAUACACAUGUAGUGAAAGAUCAGUAUGUUGAUAUUACUUCACAAAAUGGGGUGCCUCUUGUUUGAAUAUCUGUAAUAUUGUACUGUACAACAAUUGUCCUUCAAUAGGUGCAGUAAUCUGGUUCAUAUCCCUCUUGUAAAGUUGAGACUUGAAAUGGUUGAAUUCAUGCAGCCAUGAGGGUGCGCUGGCUCUGGUCGGGCCCUCGCUGAGCUCUCGGUCGCUCACUUGCGUCUGUCUUGCAUUUUAUGAAGCGUUGUUCACUUUUCUCUUGUCUGUUUUGCCUUAGAGCUUUCUAUUUUGGAAUAAACGAUGCCUAACUCUC